CUUUACUAUUUAUAUACGUGGAACAAACGAAUCAAUGCAUUGCCAACAAUUAGUGGAUCGAUUUUAGUUAUGUGUGCUGUGAGAAUAGUAUAAGGAAUGCCAGAAAGAUAGUGGGUCUAGAUUUUGUGAAAGGACUUGUUUCUAGACGUUAAUUGUCUGGAUGGUCCUAAUUUGAGUCGAAUUCUGUGCUUCAUUCAUGUGGGAAUGUCUUUUCUUUGUUAUGAUUGAUUGUUUAUAUAACUAACUUUUGCAUAUUGUAAUGUACUAUGCCAUCUUUGUCAAACGGACUCCAAAUAAACAACAUGCAAUAUUAUCAGCAGGAGAAAAUGGAGAACUUUGCUUACGCUCAAUUAUAGUGGGCCGCUUGCAUCACUGGCUGAUAAAACUGUUCAAUUAGUUGGCUUAUUCAUAAGAUUAUAUAUAUGCUCUCUUUCCGCUGUUAUUACUGAUUUCAUAGGUUGACUGAUUGCUGUUUGAGGCCUUAGGGUUUGCAGGUGGAGGCUUCACCAACUACAGGGUCCCUCCGCAAGCUCCAACAAACAGUACAUGGUUCUAUGGCUUCUGCUGCCUCUGCUACAUUUCCAGUAACCACUGCCUGCUUCAAUACCAAUACUGUUGAUGCCAGAAAAUCAAGUUUCUUUGAGUUCAAACCACUCAAUAGAUCGAAUAAGGUUCCUGCAGACUUCAACAAUCAUGUAAGUAAACAGUCUACUCAAGUAGAAGGUCCAGGAAAAGCUCAAUCAUUUGCUUCCUCACCAUUAGUUGAAAGUGAGAUAACAGUUCCUUCUAAUGAAUUAAGCCUAUCAUCACCUGUACAAAUGGUUAGUUCUAGUGCUAGUGCUCCUGUUGAUGUUGAUUUGGAUGAAAUUAACCACAAAGGCAACACAGCUACUGGGCUUCAAGCAUCACAUGUUGAGGUUAGAGGCAGUGGACUUUCUGUUGCAGCUGAGAAAACAUCUGAUGAUGGAUACAAUUGGCGAAAAUAUGGGCAAAAGCUUGUUAAAGGAAGUGAAUUUCCUCGCAGUUAUUACAAAUGUACACAUCCUAACUGUGAGGUGAAAAAACUUUUUGAACGCUCUCAUGAUGGUCAAAUCACUGAGAUAGUUUACAAGGGAACACAUGAUCAUCCUAAACCUCAAUCAAGCUGCCGAUACUCUACUGGUACUGUUAUGUAUAUUCAAGGAGAGAGAUCUGAUAAGGCUUCUUUGGCUGGCCGAGAUGACAAAGCAUCCACUAUGUAUGGUCAGGUGUCUCAUGCUGCUGAGCCCAACAGUACUCCAGAGUCAUCACCUGUAGCCACAAAUGAUGAUGGUUUAGAGGGUGCUGGGUUUGUGUCAAACAGGAAUAAUGAAGAGGUUGAUGAUGACGAUCCCUUCUCAAAGCGAAGAAAAAUGGAACUUGGAAAUGUUGACAUCACUCCAGUAGUUAAGCCUAUCCGGGAACCACGUGUUGUUGUACAAACUUUGAGUGAGGUUGACAUAUUGGAUGAUGGGUACCGCUGGCGUAAGUAUGGCCAAAAGGUGGUGAGAGGCAAUCCUAACCCAAGGAGCUAUUACAAAUGCACAAAUGCUGGUUGCCCUGUCCGAAAACAUGUGGAGAGAGCAUCUCAUGAUCCGAAAGCAGUGAUAACCACAUACGAGGGUAAACACAAUCAUGAUGUACCUGCUGCAAGGAAUAGCAGCCAUGACAUGGCAGUACCAGCAGCUACAGCAGGUGGACAGACAAGAAUUAAGUUAGAAGAAAGUGAUACCAUUAGCCUUGACCUUGGAAUGGGAAUUAGCUCAGCUGCUGAACAUAGAUCAAAUGGGCAAGGGAAAAUGCUGCAUUCAGAGUUGGGGGAGACACAAACUCACGCCAGCAAUUCCAACUUCAAGUUUGUUCAUACUACCUCAGCUCCAGUAUACUUUGGUGUUCUAAAUAACAGCUCAAAUCCCUAUGGUUCUAGAGACAAUAGGAGUGAUGGUCCAUCUUUAAACCAUUCCUCAUAUCCAUGCCCACAGAGCAUGGGAAGAAUACUAUUGGGUCCAUGAAGUUGAUUACACAACAGAUAUUAAAAUAAAAACUGAGUAACAAUUUGCUUUUUUCUUCUUAUUUUUGGCGGGUAUAGCUUCAAAGGCGUAACAUCUCAUUUUCUGUAAGAAAAUGCAGAUAGUUCUUUUAUGCUUAUAGCACUAUUCGAGAGCUGCUGUUUAGUAGAAUUGGUAGCAGCUCCAUCUUGACUUUUAAAUCUAAUUGCCGUUUGUAAUUGUAUAAUUAUAUCCAAAUUCUUCUGUAUAAAUAUGAAGCCGAUAUCAAAGUUACCUCCACAAAACCUUAGUCCUCA